AUGAAGGUUGUUAAGGAAGUCUUUGUCUGCGGUGGCAAAUUAAUCAAGUUGUCACACAAGUCAAUCUCUACCAAGACUAGUAUGAAUGUCAAUGUCUAUCUACCCAAGCAGUACUACUCUCAGGAUUUGCCAAGAAAAGAACGUAUCCCUACUGUGGUUUUUCUUUCCGGGUUGACGUGUACGCCAGACAACGCCUCUGAGAAGGCCUUUUGGCAAUUCCAAGCUGAUAAAUACGGAUUCGCUAUGGUUUUCCCAGAUACGUCCCCACGUGGUGACGAGGUGGCCAGUGAUCCUGAGGGCUCGUGGGAUUUUGGACAUGGUGCAGGGUUUUAUGUUAAUGCCACUCAAGAACCGUAUGCCCAGCACUACAUGAUGUAUGACUAUAUUCAUAAAGAGCUGCCACAAACAUUAGAUUCGCAUUUUAACAAGGAUGGCGUCGCAAAGUUAGACUUCCAAGAUAAUGUUGCCAUUACAGGGCAUUCUAUGGGCGGGUUUGGUGCCCUCAGUGGGUAUUUGAGGGGUUAUUCUGAAAAGAGGUACAAAUCUUGUUCUGCUUUCGCACCUAUCGUGAAUCCUUCAAAAGUUCCCUGGGGUCAAAAGGCGUUUAAAGGUUAUUUAGGAGACGAAAGGGCACAGUGGCAAGCUUACGACCCGUGUUCACUAAUCAAGAAUGUAAGACGUACGGGCGACGACAAGAUUUUGAUCCAUAUAGGGGACGCAGAUCCCUUUUUGGAAGAGCACUUAAAACCAGAAUUGCUUCUUGAAGCUGUGAAAUCCACUUCAUGGCAAGGCCAUGUGCAAGUUAAAAAAGUGCACGGUUUCGAUCAUUCAUACUACUUUAUCAGCACUUUUGUUCCUGAGCAUGCUGAAUUUCAUGCCAAAAACCUGGGCUUGAUUUGA